AAAAGAAAAGAAAAUGAAAAGCAUCCCAAAUGUCCUUGCCUAAGAGAAACUCCCACACAUAAAGAAUAAGAGAACAGUGUUCGACUCGAGCACCAAGCCAUGCCGCAACUUGGUCCUCCAUAUUCCUUCCCAGAAAGAAAGAAGCAGAAGCCAUGAACGAACCGACUCUCGAGUCCCCAAGAUGAGGAGAAAACCCAUUCUCCCCAGCAGCAGCAGCAGGGCCUUGUUUCUCCACCUCAAUUCCAAACGCUUCUUCUCCUUCACUGCUUCCGCUUCCGCUUCCGAGCCAGUCCUCGACGAUCUCCCCUCCCAGCUCUUGUCCAUCCUCUCCCAACCCAAUUGGCAAAGACACCCCUCCCUCAAACCCCUAAUCCCCUCCAUAUCCCCAUCCCAUGUCUCCUCCCUCUUCUCCCUCAACCACCACCUCCCCCCCCAAACCGCCCUCGCCUUCUUCAACUGGAUCGCCCUCAAACCCAACUUCACCCACACCGUCCACUCCCACUCAUCUCUCCUCUCCCUUCUCCUCCCCAACCCUUCCUUCCUCUCCGUCGCCGAAAAGAUCCGCAUUUCCAUGAUCAAGUCCUCCACCUGCCCCCCUGACGCCCUCUUCGUCCUCCACCAUCUCCGCUACUUGAACAAGACCCACUUCAAGCUCACCCUCAGGUCAUACAACUUUCUUCUCAUGUCAUUGUCCAAGUUUUCGCUGUUUGAUGAUUUAAAAACUGUGUAUAUGGAGAUGCUGGAGGAUAAGGUUUCCCCCAAUUUGCAUACAUUUAACACUAUGGUCAAUGCUUAUUGUAAAUUGGGGAAUUUGGCUGAGGCAGAGAUGUAUUUCAGUAAGAUAGGGCAGGCCGGAUUGCGGCCCGAUACUUUUAGCUACACGUCUUUGAUACUGGGGCAUUGUAGGAAUAAGGAUGUGGACAGUGCUUAUAGGGUGUUUAGGGUAAUGCCGCAGAAAGAGUGUCGGAGAAAUGAGGUUUCGUAUACGAAUCUGAUACAUGGGUUGUGUGAGGCGGAUCGGAUUGGUGAGGCUUUUAAGUUGUUUUCGCAGAUGGGGGAGGAUGAUUGUCAACCGACUGUCCGCACAUUUACAGUUCUUAUCUCUGCAUUUUGUAGAUUGGGGAAGAAGUCAGAGGCAAUGAAGUUAUUUAGAGAGAUGAGGGAAAAGGGUUGUGAACCGAAUGUUCAUACUUAUACCGUGCUUAUUGAUAGUAUGUGCAAGGAGAAUAAGCUAGAUGAGGCUAGGAGGUUGCUGAAUGAGAUGUUGGAGAAACGGUUGGUUCCUACUGUUGUCACAUAUAAUGCAUUGAUUGAUGGGUAUUGCAAGGAGGGAGCAGUUGAGGCUGCAAUUGAUAUUAAGGCUUUGAUGGAAUCAAAUAAAUGUUGUCCAAAUGCUCGAACGUACAAUGAAUUAAUUUUUGGGUUUUGUAAAAGGAAAGAUGUAAACCAGGCGAUGGCAUUGCUCGCUAAGAUGCUCGAUCUGAAGCUCUCACCUAGUGUGAUUACGUAUAACUCAUUAAUACAUGGCCACUGUAAAGCAGGUGAUUUAGACUGUGCUUAUAGGUUGCUUGAUUUGAUGAAGGACAGUGGUUUGGUUCCUGAUCAGUGGACCUAUAGUGUUUUUAUAGACAGUCUUUGUAAGAGUGGGAGACUAGAAGAAGCUCAUGCCCUGUUUGAUUCUCUUAAGGAGAAAGGCGUAAAGUCAAAUGAAGUGACAUUUACUGCUUUGAUUGAUGGUUACUGCAAGGUGGGGAAAAUUAAUGAUGCCCAUUCCUUGUUUGAUAGGAUGCUUACAGAGGGCUGUAACCCGAACACAUGCACUUACAAUACCUUGGUAGAUGGAUUGUGCAAAGAAGGAAAAUUGCAGGAUGCAAUAUUACUGGUGGAGAAGAUGUUAAGUACGGGCCUGACGCAUGCACCACAUACUUAUUCUAUACUGAUCAAACAUAUGCUGAAAGAAGGGGACUUCGGCCAUGCUCAUAGACUGUUCAACCAGAUGGUUUGUUCUGGUAGUAAACCGGACGUAUUUAUUUACACUUCGUUUAUUCAUGCAUAUUGCAGCAUAGGGGAUAUAGAAGAGGCAGAAAAGCUGAUGGUUAAGAUGAGUGAAGAAGGAAUUAGAGCAGAUUCGUUGACGUACACAUUAUUGAUUAAUACAUAUGGACGUAUGGGACUACUAGAUUCUGCAUUUGGUGUUCUUAAGCGCAUGUUUGGUGCUUGCUGCGAUCCUUCUCACUAUACCUAUUCUUUCCUGAUCAAACAUCUUUUGCGCUCGAAGACGAAUGACGAUAUAGUGAGACUUGAUUUGGCCUCAAGCUUCAUUGAUAUUGCUGAUGUAUGGAAGACAAUGGAUUAUCAAAAUGCUUUAGAUCUGUUUGACAAGAUGGCUGAACAUGGCUGUGCACCCAAUGGCAACACAUAUGAAAAGCUUAUAAUAGGUCUUUGCAAAGAGGGGCGCUUGGAAGUAGCCCAGAGGCUAUAUGUUCAUAUGAGAGAUAGGCGGAUUUCUCCCAGCCAGGAUAUUUAUCAUUCUCUUAUUAAUUGUUGCUGUCAGUUGCAAGUGUAUGGAGAGGCGGCAAACCUGCUGGAUACGAUGAUUGAGGAUGGUUAUUUACCAACAUUAGAGUCUUCCAAGUUGCUUGUAUGUGGGCUAUUCAUUGAGGAGAAUAUUGAGAAGGCAAAAGCCGUUUUCUGUAGUUUGCUCCGUUGUGAGUAUAACUUUGAUGAAGUAGCUUGGAAAGUUCUCCAUGAUGGUUUACUUAAGAGGGGUCUUGUCAAUAGAUGCUCUGAGUUGAUAACCAUCAUGGAGCAGAUGGGUUGCAAGCUUCAUCCUCAGACAUAUUCAAUGCUGAUUGAGGGAAUUGAUGGAACAUAAUGUGACAUGCGCAAUCUUUGUAUAGGGAAUGACAUUCUGCCCAGGUUUCAUUUCAAUUGGGUCAUCAGCAACUUCUGCCGCCACCGAGUCCAGACCACGAAGUUGCAACAACAGCUCCAACAAAGGGAGUUUUACAAAAACUGAAGGGGUUCAUCAACCACUCCCUAACACCUCUGUUCCAUCCUAACCGAUAAGCUAAGGAGCCAUGCAUUAGUCACAGAAAGAUGUCCAGGUACUUGAAUGAAGGCCAAAUGGUAGGAGACAACUUUCUGUGGCAUGCAGGCAAGUACCAGAGUUGCUGCCUGACAACAUUUACAUAUACACUGUCUCAUUGCAUGGGAUUUAUUUCAGUGGUGAAAUUUGCAUUUGGGCUUCUUCUUUCCCUGACACUGCUCAUCUGUGAGAUCUCGUGCUUCUUCCUUCUUUGGAACUCACUAGUAGAGGUUCUAGAAUCAGAUAUACUUCGGUGAAUUUUCUUCUGAGUCAUACUGAUAGUGCACUGUUCUGGAGUGCUAAUGGAAGAUAUCCAAACAAACUCAGUUCUGGGUUCAAUUAUGUUAUAUUGAUAAGACUGCAUGAAAAUGAAAGCUUUCUUGCAAUUUAUAUUUUAUAAAAGUUAUUUGUAUAUGCAAAAAGUAUGGCAAUUUUGUUUUUGUUUUUGUGUUUCAUUUUAUUGCAAAGUUUGCAUGCUCUAAAGCAUUAUGUUCCAUAUCAAUGUUCCCUUUCGUUACAAUUAUCGUGCUCUAUAGUCAUACUCAUAUGUCAUGGUUGAAAGUAGGAAAUUAUGCUGUACUUUUAUUCUGUAAAAAUGAGGCUUUAGAUUGAUUAUAACUAUUUCGGUUCAUAAUGGCUAUGUAAAAUGGUUUCUGAACGUGUAUUUGAAUAUUUAGCGUCUUGGCUCUUUUGAGAGUUUGUGAUUUAUCAUACGGGAAUAUUCAUCAAGUAUUACCCACUUCUUUUGCUACUUACAUACAUUGUGAGCACUAUUUUGAUGUGUGCCUCACAGGAGGUUUAUUUUUUAUUUUUAUUUUUAUUUUUUUAAUUUAUAAAUUUUAUUUUAUUUAUUAUUAUUAUUAUUAUUUUUUAAACAUAGGAGGUGUAAUUAAACUUCAUAUUUGUUUGCAUCUUUAGCAUGUUAUUACUUCAUUAUUGUAACUAUCACGAGUAUUGUUUUUCAUGAAUAUUAUUAUAGCUUAUGGUGUCCUCUAUAUCUUCUUUUGCUGUCAAAAUAACUAGGUCCAGUUUGGCUUGUGUCUUGCCUAACCGCACAUUACCAAAUAAUUCCUUUGCCAGUUUGGUCAAUAAAUAUUGCACACACUUAUGCACACUGCUUUUGUGAAGUGUAAGUAAUCCUUUCUAAUGGCCCAAUUUGUCUGAAGACUGGGCAACGGAAGAUUUUAAAGGAUCCUGUGGGAUUCACUUAUCAGUUUGAUUUUUUUUUUUUCCCCAUAACUAUCUGCUUUAAUUUUUAAUGGAAACAACUAUAGAUGUUCAGAUCGGUUCCAUUAAUUUUUAAUGGCAGCCAAUGGUGUGGCUGAUGCCUUAGUUAACUUAGGUCAUGAGUUCAUGGACACUAGGAUCUGGUUUGGUAUGAUCCCCUCGAGGGCUUCCUCUACCUACAACCUUGAUCGGCUUCAGAUCGGUUGUAGUAGGGGUUCUUCUUUGUAAUUCAUUUUCUGAAGAGAAAAAGGAUGUUUUAAAACUUAGCAAGGUCCUUUGCUUUGCUUGUGCGUUAGAAAAACAUUUGAGAUUUUUUUUUCUUCCUAAAGCUGGUUGUGCUUCUACUGUACUAAUGGGGGCAUAUACGGUGAAGUCAGAUAAUUGGUUAGGUAUGGAGAUGGAAAGAGGAAGGAAUUGGGAUAGGGUAGUGAGAGUGGUAAUGGUGCACCUAACUCCAGGACAAUUUGGAGUCUUUGCAUUCCGAACAAAGUCAAGCUUCUACUAUGGCGGGCUUGCCACGGAUUCCUACCCUGUGGUGAGCAUCUGUUGAGGUGCAAAAUUGGUCCUAAUAGGGGGUGUGAACGGUGUGGAGGAGACUGUGUUACAUUGUUUUUGGGAGUGCAGGUGAAGAAAACCUGGAAGUAUACUUGGCACGGGGUGGUGGGGUGUGUGUUAAGUUGUGGAAUGAACCGGGUUUUCAAGAUUUGCUUGCUCAUGUUGUUAAGGUUGGGCAACAGGGAGAAGUAGAAUUCUUCUGUUUGAUGGUUUGGUGGCUGUGGAAGGACAGAAACAAUCUAGUACACGGGAAACCAGCAAUUGCAGCAGUAGAUUUGGUUUAUAGUGUCUGAAUGGCUGGAUGACUGCACUAGUGCUCAUGAGCAGAAACGGUUGCAGGUCACUGAGAGGUCGGAUGCUAUCCAAGUGGAACAGCAGCUGGAUGCGUUUAGACCCUCAGUUUUUCUGACCGAAUUUUGAUGGGGCAAGUGACUUGAAGAAGGGAAGAUCUGGGCUGGGUGCGGUGGUUAGAGAGGAAGCUGGGAAGUUAACUGGUGCGUUAGCUGUCUCAGUUCAGGCACAAUUAUCUCCGGCAGCAGCAGUGGUGCUGGCACUCUGGAAAGGGAUGCGUCUGUGUAAGCAGCUGGGAGUGCGUAAGAUGUUGGAGGGUGAUGCCCUGAAUGUAAUCAAUGCCUUGCAGUCAUCUCAGGGAUCUUAGCAAUAAUGGAGCAGUUCUUGAUGGGAUCAGGUUGAUGCUAAGCGAGUUUGAACAGGAAGCAUGUCAAAAAACAUGGGAAUCAGGUGAUGUUUUGCCAAGAGGUCGGACCUCCAUGGCUUUUUGAUUUGAUUAAAGCAGAGUGCUGAUAGGAGUUUCAAUAGGGGCGGCUCCUUUGGAGUGUUGGUACUCGGUAGUCCCAGUUUGUAUUCAAGUUUAUUAAUGAGUAUUUCAUUUCAUAAAAAAAAAAAAAAAAAAAAAAUGUUGGUUGUGUAUAGACUGACUCUGGAACUUUUGAGUAAACAUUUCUGUCCUCCUCAAUCUCCUCGAUUCCGGAUCUAGUAUAUUUCAUUGUAUUUUUUU